CGCACGAGAGCGGGUCCCCUCUCUGGGGCGCGGCAGAGCGAGGCUGUUCCGGGGGCUUAGGGAGCGGCCAGGAGGCGCACGGGGCCGGUCUGCAGCCGCGCCUCGGGGCUCUGCUGCCCGUUGCUCUUCAGGCGCCAGUGAGGGGCUGCCAUGUCCCUGGAGUCGGACGAGAGCGAGGCCGAGGACCUGCUGCCAAAGUUCACUUUCCUAAAGCAACAGCCUCCUGCCGUCGAAAGCAGCCGCCGCCGCCGCAGCCAGAGCCAGCCUCCUUCCAAGGAGAGGGUUGUGGUGCUCUGCAGCUCUGACUCUGAGGAAUCCUCUGCUCCUUCGCCAGGGUGGAGAAAACUCCAGGAUUCGGACAGAGCUAGCUCUUGUAAGGGUGUGACGGCCAGGCUAGGCAGUGAAAGCGAGGAGGAAGAGGAGAUCAUACCCCUGUCUGAAAGACUGAGGGGGAAAUUGGGGAACAGCAAGUCCUCCAAAACUAGCAUUUUGCUUUCUGAGGCUCAGCAGCUGAGUAGCUGUGAUGCGGUGUGUAAAGCUAAAAGUACUGUUCUCCGUCAUUGCAAUGAACGAGGGGUGACUCAUUGCAGAGAACAGUUGCUGCCCAAGGCCUCUGUUACCCAGACAAGAGCCCCUGUCUUAUCAUGGGAAAUGUCAGAUUGUGACCAAGAUGAUGCCACAAAAGAUUCCGAGACGGUGCCUUUGCACCAGUCUCCAGUUCAUCUGUCACACUCUCCAGUCCAGGAUAGACGGUCUCUGGUGGCAGAGGCAAGUUCAGAAAUGUCCCCUCAGCAGAAGAAGUUAAAACACAGCCAGGAAGAGAGAGACAGGGCUCGUAGGGCUGUGUUGCAGAGGAGGAGAGAGCGGGAAGCCCAGAAGGAACAGCAGGAGCAGGAGCGAGAGCGGAAGAAGGCUCUUGCCAACAUGCUGAAGGCCCAACGACCAGAGGAGUGCCUGAAGCAUAUAACAGUGGUGCUGGAUCCAGUUCUCUUACAGGUGGAAGGAGGUGGACAAGUCCUCAGUGCUGUGCAGUCCAUGAACUGUGGCUGUGUGAUUGAGAGUCAGGCUGUUCCCUAUAGCAUCACAUGGAGGAGGAGGGCUAGGUCAUCUCAGGUCGAAGAAGGCAGCUGGAUAGAAGAACCCAAUAUCCUGGUUCUGCUUUGCCUGGAUGAUUUUUUAUCCAUGAUCUACAGCUACAGACAGGAAAUCCAGGGUGGCAAAGAAGGACCAAAAGAGACCUUACGGAGCUUUGUAGCUUGUGUCCUAGAGAGAGCUCCUGGCAAAACUCUAGCACUGGCUGUAGUUGAACUAGAAAAAUACUUCAGAUCUCACAAAGUUCAGUCCCGGAAGAAGGUGCGGCAGGCAGUGCUGAAUGGAAGCCAAGCAGAAGGACAAGGGAAACGAAAAAAACAGAAGGGAAAGGGGGACUCUCGCCCUGAGCUGUCGAGAGUGGAAGUGGAAGAAGCAUUGGUGGAUCUGCAGCUUCACACAGGAGUCCAGGUUAGAAUCCUUGAGAGUUGGAAGGAGUUUGGAGACUUUGCCGGUAUGUUCACCAAAGCUGUGGCUGAAGCACCAUUCAAGCAACAGCGAGAGAAGACAGGUUUCUCCUUCUACCUAGAGAGUGAGUGGUGUGGAGGUGUGAAGGUAGACCGCUCAGGGAAGGGACUUUUGCAAGUUUGGAAGAGGCAAAUCCAACAAUUCAACCGGGUCAGUCUGGAGAUGGCCAAUGCCAUUGUGGCUGCAUACCCUUCUCCUCUGCUUCUGAAUCAGGCCUACCGUAGAUGCCUAUCAGUGCGGGAGCAACAGAACAUGCUUGCUGACAUACCUGUGCGCCGUGGUGAUGGUGUAACUGCCACGUCACGGCGGGUUGGACCAGAACUCUCCAAACGGAUUCAUCUGCAGAUGACCUCUCUCAAUCCUGACCUCUCUCUGGAUGUCAUGGGCUAGGCCCAUGAGAACAUGGAUUUUACUGAUUAAAUAUUUAUUUCCCUUUUAGGAAGAAAAGUUAGCUAAUAAAUGGAAUUAUGGAUCUUAAAAA